AUGAGCCAAGAACACGAUCCGUUGCUUUCGGCGCUUAACGAGGAUGGCGAAAGCGCCAAUUCCGGUGGAAGCUCUUCGCAGCAGCCUGCAGAAUCUUCAGAAGAGUCGAUGCGCAAAUCGGCUCUCACUGCUCUGAAAAAUAAACUCAUAGAACACAGUCAAUGGGAAUCUCGUUUGAAAGAGGCCCGUUUGGGAAUCAGAGACCUGGAAAAGAAGUUCACAAAGACAGAAGAUGACAUUAAAGCAUUGCAAUCCAUUGGACAGAUCAUCGGAGAGGUGCUGAAACAAUUGGACGAGGAAAGAUUCAUAGUGAAGGCCUCUUCUGGCCCACGGUACAUUGUGGGGUGUCGUUCUACCAUAAAGCGCGAAAAAUUGAAGAAAGGAGUGCGUGUUGCAUUGGACAUGACUACAUUAACGGUGAUGCGGAUUCUUCCCCGUGAAGUUGAUCCUUUGGUGUACAAUAUGACUACAUUCGAGCCGGGCGAGAUUUCGUUUGGAGGAAUUGGAGGUUUGACCGAACAAGUUCGUGAGCUCAGAGAGGUGAUCGAGUUGCCUCUGAAGAACCCAGAACUGUUCAUCAGAGUCGGUAUCAAGCCUCCAAAAGGUGUGCUGCUGUACGGUCCUCCAGGAACAGGAAAGACGCUAUUGGCAAAGGCGGUGGCGGCAACUAUUGGAGCCAAUUUCAUUUUCUCGCCUGCAUCUGCAAUCGUGGACAAAUAUAUCGGAGAGUCUGCCAGAUUGGUGAGAGAAAUGUUCAGUUACGCUAAGGAACACGAGCCGUGUAUCAUUUUCAUGGACGAGAUCGAUGCCAUUGGAGGUCGGAGAUUUUCUGAAGGUACUUCUGCAGAUAGAGAGAUCCAAAGAACGUUGAUGGAAUUGCUCAAUCAAAUGGACGGAUUCGACUACUUGGGCCAGACUAAGAUCAUCAUGGCUACCAACAGACCAGAUACCUUGGACCCUGCUUUGUUGAGAGCUGGAAGAUUGGACAGAAAGAUCGAGAUCCCGCUUCCUAACGAGAACGGAAGACUUGAGAUCUUCAAGAUUCACACUUCCAAGAUCAAAAAGCAAGGCGAGUUUGACUUUGAAGCUUUGGUGAAGAUGAGCGAUGGGUUCAAUGGAGCAGAUAUUAGAAACGUUGUCACAGAAGCUGGUUUCUUUGCCAUCAGAGAAGACAGAGACUACAUCAUCCAAGGAGACUUGAUGAAGGCUGUUAGAAAGAUGGUUGACAACAAGAAAUUGGAAGGUAAGUUGGAUUACGAGAAAUUGUAA